CGGGAUCGGACACUUUUUGUUGUUGUGGCAAUCAUCAAACGAGAAGUUCGAUUGGGAAGAAAAUUUUUGUUCAGCAGCGCAGCAAAUCAGAUUCAAUUUUGGAGACAUACUCGUACCGUGAAGGUUUACUGGCGAAUCGUUUUUUUGUUGCAUUUAGAAAAAAAGUUGAAAUUUCUCUACAUAGAUAGUUUGUUAAUUAGUCAGAGGUGGAGCAGUUCAUUUUUCAAGUACCUAGUACUGCUGAUUGGUUGAAAAGCUCGGAGGUUGGUCCUGUUAUUUUGGGAUACGAAUUGGUCCUAUCUAAUGGCUGAAAUAAAGGCCAUGGAGCACCCGACGUUGAAGGUGCCAUACGAAAUACUGAACAAAAAAUUUCGCAUUGCCCAGAAAACUCUGGACCGCGAGUUGAGCCAGAUCCAGAAUGCUGCUUCGGAGCUGGAGAAGGGCCUGUCCGAGGGUUCUGCCGGUUCAGAAAUCUCACGACUGCUAGGUGGCGUCGUCGAGCGGCUGCACAUGCUGAAACGAAAAGCCGAGGAGAGCAUUUCGGAGGAACUGUCGGCGGGACUGGUUUGCAAGCGCCGUCUGGAGCAUUUGAAGCAAAACGUCAAUCCACCGAUGGACACGGAUACGACGGAAUUACAGGUGGCCGCUACCAAUCAGUGGAAGAAAGUUCGUCUGGAUCGCAUGAUUGUGGAGCAUUUCCUCCGGCUGGGAUAUUACGAUACGGCAGAACGGUUAGCCGUCCGCAGCGGGAUCCGAGAUCUCACCAAUUUGGACAUAUUUCAAAUCACCCGCGAGGUUGAACGUGACCUAGCCAAUCGCAGCACCGCCAAGUGCAUCAUCUGGUGCAACGACAACAAAUCCAAGCUGAAAAAGAUCAAUUCCACGAUUGAGUUUCAGCUGCGGGUACAGGAAUUCGUCGAGCUGAUUCGCGAAGACAAACGCCUGAUGGCGGUGAAGCACGCUCAGAAGUAUUUUCCCGCUUUUGAACACGAACAAUUGAAGGAAAUCCGCCAGUGUAUGGCCCUGCUCGCUUUCCCCGUCAACACUGAAAUCGAGCCGUACAAAACCCUUUUUGAGCCGCAACGCUGGAGUGACCUGGUGUUGCAUUUUCGCCUGGAAAACUACCGACUGUUUCAACUGCCGGCGCAGUCCGUGUUGAGUGUGGCCGUCCAGGCCGGCAUUUCUGCCCUCAAGACCCCGCAGUGCUACUCGACCACGUCGAAGAACAUGAACUGCCCGGUCUGCCAGAAAAACAUUAACGAGAUUGCCGAUAACCUGCCGUUCUCGCACUGCGCCCAGAGCAGACUGAUUUGCAGAAUCACCGGCAAACCGUUGAACGAGCAUAACCUACCAAUGAUGCUGCCGAACGGACAGAUCUUCGGCCAGCAGGCAAUCGAGCAGAUGCGCCGCGAGAACGACAUUCUCGUGUGCCCGAAAACGAAUGACACCUUCCGUUCGCCGAAGAUCGAGAAGGUUUUCGUCAUGUAGUAGAGCGAUCGCAAUCGGCGAGCCGAGUACGGUAUUAUACCAUUUACUAUUGCUACUACAGCAUACUGUAAAAUUUAACUUCUAACAAACAAAAACCAGUUCCCCGGUCCUAUUCAAGGUGACCCUCUCGUUUUGGUUUGGGAACAAAAAUUGCAUUGAAAACGUUAAGGCAGUUGCGCAAGAAUUUUAUUUCUCAAUAUUUUUGGUUGUUGAUCAAUUUUUUAACGAACUUUCGUAGCGGACGAAUCGGUACAGAAAAUGAGCGAUUCGGAUUUUUCUUUUAAUGUACACGUAAUAUAGCAAUAGCGUACAUAUAUCAACAUAUAUAUACAUACAUACAUAAAUACUUAGAUGAUAGAAAGUAAAAUAAGACGUGGAUCAGCCGGCUGAAGGCCGCCAAACUGGUGCACGGUGAGUGCAAACGUUUCAAUACCAAAAACAUGCCAUUUGUUUGACGUGACCUCUCAUUCUGAUGCCUCUGUAGCAUUGUGGAAUUUGCAACUCUUCGGUGUUACGAAUGAGAAUUAUUCUAUAUAUAUAUUUUUUUAAAUUUGUUAUCAGUUCACAUCAAUCACAGUCUAAUUUGCUGAUAUGUUUAAAAAAUACAUAAUUACAUGGUAAAUUCGAGAAUUGUUUCAAAAUUCCGUGGCUUUCAAUUGAUAUUACUGAAGAUAAUGAACAAAAUCAGGUCUGAAUAAAAAUAAAAAUUGAACUCAAAUUACGAUUCUCGAAGGGGUUUAUAUUUUUUUUUCGUUUUCGAAGAUUGAAUUUCUUAUUCGCCGGAAGCAGCAUUUGCAAUAUGGGCUCUAUUCCAAAACAAAAAGCAAGUAGUGCUAUUGGAAGGUUUGUAUAGCAAUCCACUAACUAAAACCAUUAGCCAUCAGUGAUUUAUUGCCCUACGAGUAGACCCAGGAUGUAUUAGAACCGAGAAAUCCUUAUUCAGACUUCGAUUGCGAAAUUGGUAACCCAAAAAAAAGAACAAUAUAGAUUUUUAUCUUUAUAUCGUAAACUA